CCCUCGUGGACGGUGUCUCCCUUUGUAGUACACGUAGUCUAAAGAGCUGGUAUAUUUCCUGUUUUAACCGUUAAAACCUUUCUUAAAGCAUCUUAAACUUUUGGCCUGGAUUGGCAGAGAAAAAAGUACCAUAAGAAAUGUCAUGGUUUCCUGAAAGAAGGACCCAGGAUUCUUGGGUUCACAAAAUGUGUUCAAGUAUUCUGAAAGCCGGACCUGUACCUCAGCAUAUUGCUAUCAUUAUGGAUGGUAACAGAAGAUUUGCGAAGAAAAAUAGUAUGGAAAGGGCUGAGGGACAUUUGAAAGGAUUUGAUAAACUGGCAGAAACAUUAGAGUGGUGUUUGAACCUUGGCAUACUGGAGGUUACGGUGUACGCAUUUAGUAUAGAGAACUUUAAAAGAUCGAAAGACGAGGUUGACUGUUUGAUGGAAUUGGCAAGACAAAAAUUUGCAAGACUAUUGGAGGAGAAGGAGAUGAUUCAGAAGCAUGAGGUGUGUGUAAGAGUUCUGGGAAAUCUGUCCCUGCUUCCAGAAGAUGUCCAGCAGACCGUGGCUGAGGUCAUUAACUUGUCUAAAAAUAACACCAGAGCAACAUUAAAUGUAUGCUUUUCGUACACAUCAAGGGAUGAGAUCUGUACAGCAAUGAGGGAGAUGGCGGAGGGAGUAGAGCGGGGAGAAAUCAUGGAAAGUGAUAUAAGCGAAGAAUUAUUAGAGAAGUGUUUAUAUACUAACCAGUCCUGUCAUCCAGAUUUGCUUAUCCGUACAUCUGGAGAGGUCCGCCUCAGUGACUUCUUGCUGUGGCAGAGUACAUUCAGUGUGCUGUCCUUCCUAGAAGUACUGUGGCCUGACUUCAGUAUCUGGCAUCUGUAUGCAGCUGUUCUACAUUAUCAAAGGAAUUACACAGCUGUAACGAAUGCAAUAGAAGAAAAUAAUCAAGAAAGGCAAAGACUACAGAAAGAAUCAGACAAACAGUGUGUUCUUGAGGAGAUGAAGUGCAAAAAUUGUGAUAAGCUCCCUUGUAACCAUGGCAACAGCUCUCAGUCACAUGAACUUGGGCAUGCCACCUUUCAGGAAAAGGUUGAACAUUAUUCACAAGCCAGACAAAAAAGAGUGGAUACAUUUGUAAAUAAUCUACAAAACAGAAGAGACAUGUUUUUCCAGAAUUACGUAAUGAAACAAAAAAGUUGAGAAUUAACUGGAGAUAGACUAGUGUUUUAUAUAUUUAUAUACAGAAACGUUAAAAAUUAAAAGUAAAUUACCUUGCAGGAACAAGGUCAAACAUUGUAUCAUAAAGCUGUUGAAAUUUUACCAUGACUUCUUCCCAAAGUCUCAUGUUAGAUGUUUUGUUAUCGAUUAUCAUAAAAAAGUUGUUUCCAGUAUGUUCUUUGUCCAAAGACUAUAGAAAUCUGGUGUUUGUUUUUCUGUAUUGUUACUAAGAUGGGAAACACCGAAUCUUCAGUCUUCGUCCAAGAUAUCAGAUGCCAGAUCUGUGGACUGAUGGUCUUGUAUUUAAUCCCCUAUUAGUAACUAUUUCCUGUUUAGAAAUCUGGCCAGUGAGUAUGGGGUUAAAGAGAUGUUCUUUAGACUUGUAGCUUCAUGAUGGUUUUGAUAAGGUAAAGAUGAUAAUAACCCUGAUCUGAACUAUGUUGAAACAUAUAACUCCCUAAAAUGUUUAUUGUAGAAGAGAAUACUUUGCGACAGUCUGAUGUUGGAAAAGCUGGGUAUUCCUCACUUGCCACAGUAUUCUAGGUAACAGAGCUGCAGGCUUUCAUAUCCAACAUUCUAUAGGGCCAAAAAACAAAAUGUGUUAAACAGUCAAACCUGUCUCGAGCACCCUGUCAUGCGAGUGACACAGUCUGGUUACCUAAAGCAGGUGGCUGUUUAAUUCAAGUUGAAAUUAAAACAAAAAUCAAUUUGCAAUGAUAGCUGACUGACUGCUCAAGGCAAGUGGCUGCUUAUUGCAGGUGACCCCUUAGGCAGGUUCAAAAGAAUUUCAAAGUGUUUGCGAUUAUGUGAAGUUUACCUGAUCACUUGCAUAAAAUGGAAAUAUUUGGUGCAGACUGAGAAAUCCAAUAUGGCUUCCAAAAUUGCCAGCAUUUCUUGCAGGCUUUUUUCUGAAUUCCAGGGUUAAAAGGGUAGGUGCAAAUGAAAACAUGUUUGAGUAUUUGCAUUUGGAAAUACAGUGUAGUACAUGACAUGUUUCAUUACGUUUUGCGACUAUUAACGGUGCCAGUUUUUACGCCUUUGCUGCUUUAUCAAUAUUUUUGUCAGAUUAAAUUGAAUAUGUUUUAUUGAAAGUCAGUGUAUACCUGUAUGAUUUACUGUUUAUGGAAUAAAGUUAUUUAUUUGUUAA